AUGGACUUGAACGCGCUCGAGGAGAAGGUCCGUCGCAUGGAGACGCUUGAGCUCCGAGAGAUGCGCAUGCUCCUGAGCGCGGUGAUGAACCUCUUUCUUUACGAGAGCAACGUUCCGAAUGUGCCGCUCCCUGUCACCAUUUGCGGCGACAUCCAUGGGCAGUUUCCGGAUCUCCUGCACUUUUUAGCCCUUGCGGGGGAAAUUGGCACCGGCAGCAUGCACUACGUUUUCCUAGGCGACCUCGUUGACCGCGGGCUCAACAGCGUGGAGGUGGUCACCUUCCUCUUCCUGAUGAAGGCGAAGUACCCCGAGAAGAUUACCCUCAUCCGCGGCAACCACGAGACGCGUCAGGUGUCGACUGUCUACGGCUUCUACGAUGAGUGCUACAAAAAGUUCAAGACCGCGGAUGUGUGGCGGCACUGCACGGAAGUCUUCGACUGUCUGCCUAUUGGGGCACUGAUAGAAGGCAGGGGUCUCUGUGUGCACGGCGGCCUCUCACCGGAGGUGCACGCCAUUCAUCACAUCCACCUGCUAAAGCGCCGGCAGGAGGUCCCGAACGACGGCGCGUUCUCGGACCUCGUCUGGUCGGACCCGGGAAACGUUGAUGGCUGGGGCGUCUCACAGCGGGGCGCCGGUCAUUUAUUCGGGGCAAAUGUAGCCCGUGAGUUCCUGUACCGCAACGGCCUCAAUCUUUUGGCGCGGGCCCACCAACUCGUUCAGAAGGGGUUCGCAUAUCACUUUAACGAGGAGUUUGUCUGCACCGUGUGGUCGGCGCCAAACUACUGCUAUCGCUGCAAUAACUUCGCGAGUGUCCUCCGCGUGUACGAGGAUGAAUCACGUGAGUUCGUUGUCUUUGAAAAAGUAAAGCAACAGUACGAGGCUGACGGCCCGGAAGAGAUGCUGCCAUUCUUUUUCUUAUAG